GAGUUUGAUUAUAAUCACGGAUACAAGAGUAAUAUUUCUCUAAGUGUCUUAUUGGUGUCAUAUGGAAUCAUCCCAAUUGCCAAAGAUCUGAAACGGAAUCAAGAAUAUUGGAAGAAACAAAUAAUUAAUUUCAUUAUAUUUUAUUUCGUGAAAUUAACCUCAGUGUAAAUUCACAUUUUCAUACAGUUUGUAGUAUUAUAUUAUUCGAGAAUUAAGAAGAUUUAAAGUACAAAACUUAUAAAGAAAUUACCUAUAGGUUCAUUAUUUUCAGAGUAAAAUAUUGUAAUAAUCUUAGGACAAUAUUACAAACAUACAAUACAUAAAAUGGUGAAAUCAGCAUAUUUUAGUUAUAUGAAGAAGCACGGAUUAAUCAGAUAUGUUUCGUUAGAAGAAAUGGCCAAGAAUUAUGAAAGGACAAGUGGUAGCUUUCCCACGGUAAUAGUUGAUAUUUCAGAUGUAGACACGCACAAAUACAUUAAUACACUUGUACCUUAUCCAUGGAAUUACCAUACUCUUGUAAAGAUACUGACAGAAUAUGUACGACAGUUUCGAGAUAAGCACAUUGAACCAUGUUUUUAUAUUUGGGGAAGAUUAAAAGAUUAUGUGGAUGUAAAAAUGCCGAAUAAAUAUAAAAGUAAUAAAAAGAAUGGUUUGAAAAAAUUAGAAGAGAUCAGAGAUAAUCGUCACUCCGACUCUACAUGUUAUGCUGAGAACACACUUAGCAAAAUAUAUUGGUUUUCCAGCUUCAUUUUAAAAUAUGAAUGUGGAUGUCAGGUGAUUAAUGUAACAGAGAAAAAAUACGCAAAAUUGGCCAAAAUUGUAAAAGAUGAUGAUCGUUGCUUAGGAAUUCUCACAUCGGAUCCCGGAUAUUUCAUUUAUAAUACAAAACCCGUUUUUUAUCACGUACCUAUGAAAUUAGUUUCAACCCUUACGGAAAUGUAUUUGCCAAACGAAUUUUUGAGAAAAAUAGAUUUAAACAGCUCCCAAUUAAAACUCUUAUUCUGCGCGCAGAAAGAUCUUCUUGGCUUUAAAUUCGCAAAUUUGGAAAACGACGAAGUGUUACGUAUUGAAUAUUUAAGAAAUGCCAUUAAAGAUAACAAUUUGACUGGAGAUAAAAACGAUUUUUCUAUUUGGUCAUAUGUUACUGAUAUACGUAUAGCUAAUCUGAGGGCAAAAGCGGAGCUAUAUGAUGAAAUUGAUGAUGAUGGUGGUGGUAGUGCUAAUUAUACAACGUUAUCAAAGUUACUCAAACAAAAAUGGAUUGCGUGUGAAAUUCCUGCUAAAGUUUAUUAUGUAGUGAAAAGAAGAAAUUAUGUCGAAACUUUCAAUUUAAGUGAUUUUAUUGAGGAGUCUUUACCAUUUUCUAUUUCCUUGUAUGCUUCGAUGAGACGAAACAUGUAUUUCGCUCUUUUAAGACAAGAAAAUUGCAGAGUGCGUGAAUUAUGGAUCUCCGAACCAGCCAACAUAAAUAUUGAAGAUUAUGUAACGAAUUUUACGGCAUACAAAGGUUUUACUCCAAGUUUGGAAACACUAUUAUCAAACGAUAGUAGUGUAAAUGAAUAUCGAUGGAAAUUAUUGCUCUAUUGUUUAGGAAGAACUACAUGUAACCGAUACGCCAACACACCUAUAUUUGCUUUCUGUUGUGUUAUAAAUUACAUGUUAAGAAAUGGAGUCGAGUUUCGUCAAUAUGAAUUGGACGCAUUGAUUCUUCAAGCCAUUCUUGUUUCCAAUAACAGUGAUUCGUAUAAUAAUAAUACUGAAUGGAACCGGAGAUUUGUCCAUCUAAGCAGAUUGUACGAAACGGGGAUGAACACUUUGAUGAACGUGUUAACCGCUUGUGGAUUUCCAAUUUCGUUGGAGCAUUCGCUGCAUUGGAAGACUUUUAACAUUCUUGUUUUUAGUAACGUAUAUUACGAACUAAAAUGUCCGACACCUGUAGAGUUGUUUUGUAGGAGAAAUAAUAUUGAUAUAUCGUAUUAUAAGUGGAUCUGUAUAACGUGUUUAGAAAAGUAAUAAAAGGUGAUUGAUUUUUAGCAUGAUCUAGUGUAAUUUCAAAUGUGAAACGAAGAUUUAUUUUCUCGGAUUUUAUGCAAUACUUUAAAGUUCUCCCUUCCAAGUAAUAAUUUAUUUGGAAUUUUAUGGUCUUAAAAUUAUUGCUAUAUUAAAUACAUUUUAUUGUCAUUAUACAAAAUUUGAUAUAUGAAAUAUCUUUUUAAUGCAAAAAUGUACAAAGAAUUUUAAUUGUCACGUAAAUCUAUAUAAAUUAUAUUCUAAAAUAAGCUUAGACAAGAGUUUCAAAAUGUAUUGUCAUUGCUCUUUUUUAUAUACUGGUGUUAU